GCUGCCGCCGGGACUCGGAACGUGGUGUGUCGGAUCGGUGGUGCCAAGCGGAGAAACAGCUAGCGAUCCGCACCGGCCGGAGAGGAGUUUCUCCACUCGUGUGCCGGUCACGCCCUGAACAGUAUAAGCAGCAUUCAGGAAUUAAAAACAAUAGUGGAUGUAUUUCGAAUAUCACCGGGGCGACUUUGGGUACGGGCGACGUUCAACCCCCAACUCUGCCAAGAUCGGGCUCCCAAGACAUCGAUGUGUGUCUGGCUGGGCAAGUGAUGCCGAUUAAUUGCUGCCAAUUGGCUGUCGGAAGGGAGCGACAAAUUGUGAAAGAACCGUUUUCUUCGACUAAACUAUAUCAGUGUUUAUAAGAUCCGCAGUGUUACCAUGACGACUGUUGUGAUGGAGCAAAUCGGUAGACUCUUCAUCAACAUCCAGCAGAUCCGUCAGAUCCCGAGCCUAGUGGAGCAGUCCAUUCCCAGCCUGCCUUGCACCGUGAAGGAUUGGGAGGUGCCGCGGAUAUUCCGGGAGCCGUACAUCCACUCUGGCUACAGGCCUGUGGAGCAGAACUGGCGGUACUACUUCUUUACCUUGUUCCUGCGGCACAAUGAGUCCGUCAACGUUUGGUCCCAUCUCUUUGCUGCGCUGAUCAUCCUCCUAAAACUGCAGGAGUUCUCCCAGACGGUGGACUUCUGGUCAGACCAGCACGCAUUGCCACUGUUGAUCCUCCUGCUGUCUGCCUUCAACUAUUUAACCUGCAGCUUCCUUGCCCACCUUCUGCACGCUCGCUCGGAAUUUGCCCAUUACUCCUUUUUCUUCAUGGACUAUGUUGGUGUGGCAGUCUAUCAGUAUGGGAGUGCUUUGGUCCACUAUUACUACUCCAUUGAAGAGGAAUGGUACCACAUCAUCAAAACAUUCUACCUCCCCGUGGCUACCCUGUUGGCUUGGAUGUCCUGUGUAGGAUGCUGCUAUGCAAAAUCCAACGCCAAGGUACUGCACCCUUGGUCACGCAAACUCUACCAGAUAGUCCCAGCUGGGCUGGCCUACAUGCUGGACAUUAGUCCUGUGGUUCACCGGAUAUACAGCUGCAAUUCCUUCAGUUGUACUGACUCUUCCAUUUGGUACCAUGAAUGCCAGAUCAUCUUCUUCCUCAUAAGUGCUCAUUUCUUCUCUUGCCCUCACCCAGAGAAGUGGCUCCCAGGAAAGUGCGACAUCUUCCUACAGGGGCAUCAGAUUUUCCACAUCUUCAUGGUCCUCUGCACCCUGGCCCAAUUGGAAGCUAUCCAUUUGGAUUAUAAACAUAGGCAGCAUUUCUAUCAGAUUUGGCACAGCGACUCCACCUGGUCUGUGCUGGUCUGUUUUGCAUUGAUCAUUUCCUCCAGCAUUAUCACAGCGGCUUACAUGAGGCACCUCAUCAAAAUCAAACUUGGUCUCAAGGAGAAAUGAAGACUGGUGCUUCUCAAUCCAAUAUCUUACUUGUCUUGAGUAUACCAUCUAUUGGGGAGUGGGAGAAGGGUAGGGAAAAGCUAUCCCUGUUUUCCAGCUAGCGGUGGACACUGCCUGGGAGUUCUAUUCUUGGAUUGAACUUGAUAGUGAUUUCGGUUUUCAAAUGAGACUGGCAGCGAUUUUGGCAAGCAUCAAGGACGUACAAGGAAUUGUCAACAUAAUGCUGAAUGCCUUGUAUCUUUGCAUAACACCUAAAUUGUUCAAUUAGAACUGGUUCAAGCCGAGCAGGCCAAAUGUGGUUAUGACCCACCGCAGAGUAGAGUUUGGGAAUGAGUGUCUGUUAGCCUUGGGUAUUUUUCUCCUUCCCAGUACUGAUGAAGGGUGUUUGAUUAGAAGCUUUGGCUGACCUGCUGAGUGUUUCCAGCAUUUUAUUUUGUCUCAGUUUGCUGGUGCUCAAACCAUCUGUCAUGGGCCAUUUAUCCCACUACAGCUGUCAACCGAGGUUGUCCAUUUAAUUUACCCAAAUCCACUUAUCCCACUCAUCUCAAUUAUGUUCAUAAUAUCCAAAGAUUGCAUUUCUGUGGUUUGGAGUUGAUUGGCGCUAAACUUUUGCGUUGGCUGAUGCUGACUACGUCAUUGAUCUAAAGUGCGUCAAAAGCCAACAAUUGGGUGUGCAAGGAUAUGACUUAUAGCAGUGAUACAGAGCUGUGGCCGAUGUGGAGAUAAUAAUUGCUGUCCACCUUUUUAAAUGGAGUACAGCAGUGAAGCUGCCCUGAGAGAAUUAAUGCAUCACAUCUCCCGGACCAAAAUACUUUCGAGUAUCAGUUCCAUUCCAGAUUUUCCUAUUCAAUCUCUGAUCAACUGAAUAGCAUUUGGCUAUUUUCUAUAUAUUUCCUUAUGACACAGAAGGAAGCUAUUCAGUUCAUCAAGUCUAUGUUGGCUCUGAGUAAUCCCAUUCACCACUGAUUUUUUUUUCUAACCUAUCCUCUUGUGUUCCCUUCAGCUUCCCCCCAGAUUUUAUCAUGUACCUUACACACCAGGAGCAAUUUACCGGUUAACCUUCCAACCCACGUGUUUCUCGGGAUGUGGGAGGAAUCCGGAGGAAAUCCACCUAGUCGCAGGGAGAAUGUGCAAACUCCACACAUGGUUCUCAGCUGAAUUGUCAGUCAUCAUGAGACUGCAAGCUUGAUUUGGCUCAUCUUGGCUGUCCGUGUAUUCGUUAAGGACGGAAGGAACUGUAAAUGUCAGGACUGGACAUCUUAAAGACCUCCGCUGCUCUGUAAAUAGUGCCAUAGGAUAUCUUACAUCCACCUGAGCAAACGGUAUUGAUCAUCAGAUAGCCCUGACCCUAUCCACCACCUUGUUCUGACAUAGUUGGUGCCCAUCCCUGCUGAACGUUACAUAUCGGUGUUCCUGAUGGUUGACUCUUGUAACUUCCUGUGGUUUCACUGCCCAAAGCUGUCCAAAAGUGAAAGAACAUUUUACAUCUGUAAUGUUGUCUUCAUCAAAUUUAAAUUGAUUUCUGGAAAAUUGUAUAUUUUCCUAACGUGCCAGGGUUAAAUGCUCGUGUAAUCUUGGUCAUUUGGUGUUCUGCCUCUUGCCAAGUCUGAACAGUGCCAGAAUCCUGCUCCAUAUACAGCAAUGACUGUUAAAUUGCUGCUUCUAAAAGAACACGUGUGGUCCAUGAGGGAAAGAUAAGUGGAUUUGUAAAUGGUUGUAAAGUACCAAAAAUGGAAGCUUUUGUACGUGUGCUUUAGUGAUGUGGGUUGAGAGAAGUCAAUCUGCUUUUCUUGAAAUAAAUGUCAUUAAAUCCUUUACACCCACCUGAGUUUACACCACAUCCAGAAGAUGUGUAUCCUGGGGUAUCAUUCUAAGUAUUUUUGAAGUAAUAGGACUCAUGAUUUCUUGGCUGAAACAAGAGUGCGUCCCAAUAAGCCAUGAAGGACAGGAGCAGCCCACAAGCAGACGGUGAAGUAGUCAGAAAUGUCUUGCUGGAUACAGUGUGUAUAUUGUUCACUUGAGGUCAUUGUUCACGAGGAGUGAGAAGUUAUGGCUGGAAAUAUUCCCUAUUGUUUUCUUCUUUAUUGCACUGUUUUGCAGUGAUCCCACUAUGAUGUUAGAAAAUAAAAUGAGCUGUGUGAUGCCAUCCAUUCUCAGCUGAUGGGGUGAUGGGGUAAAACUGGGGGUUGGAGUGGACUGAGCCGGCACUAUAUGUGGAGCAAGACUUUUAUCCUUUCAACAUGUGUGUGUACACAGAAAUAAAAUUGUAUCUAAUGUU